AUGGCGACGGCGCCAGCAGAGGCUGAGACCCGCCAGAGGCUGCUGCGCACUGUCAAGAAGGAGGUAAAGCAGAUCAUGGAAGAGGCUGUGACCCGCAAGUUUGUCCAUGAAGACAGUAGCCAUAUCAUCUCAUUCUGUGCGGCCGUGGAGGCUUGUGUGCUGCAUGGCCUGAGGCGCCGGGCAGCGGGCUUCCUUCGGAGCAAUAAGAUCGCAGCCCUGUUCAUGAAGGUGGGGAAGAGCUUUGCCCCGGCAGAGGAGCUGUCCAGGAAGGUCCAAGACUUGGAGCAGCUGAUCGAGAAUGCGCGGAACCAGCUCCAGGGUCUCCAGGAGAACGUCCGCAAGCUGCCCAAGCUGCCCAACCUGUCACCCCAAGCCCUCAAGCACCUGUGGAUUCGCACAGCCCUGUUCGAAAAGGUCUUGGAUAAAAUUGUGCAUUACCUGGUAGAGAACAGCAGUAAGUAUUAUGAGAAGGAAGCCCUCUUGAUGGACCCUGUGGAUGGCCCCAUCCUUGCUUCUUUGUUGGUUGGCCCCUGUGCACUGGAGUAUACCAAGAUGAAGACGGCAGACCAUUUCUGGACGGACCCCUCAGCUGAUGAGCUGGUCCAACGGCAUCGGAUCCACAGCUCCCACCUCCGACAAGACUCUCCUACCAAACGCCCAGCACUUUGCAUCCAGAAACGACAUUCAAGUGGCAGCAUGGAUGACCGGCCCUCCCUCUCUGCCCGGGAUUAUGUGGAGUCCCUGCAUCAGAACUCUCGGGCCACUCUCCUUUACGGCAAGAACAAUGUUCUGGUCCAACCGAGAGAUGACAUGGAGGCUGUCCCUGGAUACCUGUCUCUGCACCAGACUGCUGAUGUCAUGACCCUCAAGUGGACCCCCAACCAGUUGAUGAACGGCUCUGUGGGAGACCUGGACUAUGAGAAAAGCGUGUACUGGGACUAUGCCAUGACCAUCCGUCUAGAGGAGAUCGUCUAUCUGCACUGCCAUCAGCAAGUAGACAGUGGUGGGACGGUGGUGUUAGUGAGCCAGGAUGGGAUUCAGAGGCCCCCGUUCCGGUUUCCCAAGGGGGGUCACCUGCUCCAGUUUCUCUCGUGCCUGGAGAACGGGCUGCUGCCCCACGGCCAGCUGGACCCGCCACUGUGGUCCCAGCGAGGAAAGGGCAAAGUGUUUCCAAAGCUCCGCAAGCGAAGCCCGCAGGGCUCCUCAGAAUCUGCGUCGGACAAGGAGGACGACGAAGCCACAGACUACGUCUUCAGAAUCAUCUACCCUGGCAUGCAGUCAGAGUUCGGAUCAGCUUGGAUGGUGUUCCCGUUGGGCCGGACCAUGGUUGUGAUGGCCGUGGGGCAUUUGUCCACUCACACUGGAGGGACUGCUAUUCCUACCCUGACGGACACAGACUCGUUCCCCCCCAUGCCCCCAGACUUGAUCGAUGCCCCUGUGAGCAGCCUGCCUUCCAUGUGGCAGCCCAGCCCCCGAAAGUCGUCCUGCUCAUCCUGCUCCCAGAGCGGCUCCACAGAGAGUGGGCCAUCCAAUGGAUGUAACCAUGAGAGUUACAUCUGGCAACACAUCGAGAUUGGUUAUGUCCAGGGCAUGUGUGACCUCCUGGCCCCAUUACUGGUCAUCCUGGAUGAUGAGGCCCUCGCUUUCAGCUGCUUCACCGAACUCAUGAAAAGGAUGAACCAAAACUUCCCCCAUGGUGGUGCCAUGGAUACCCAUUUUGCUAAUAUGAGGUCUCUCAUCCAGAUUUUGGACUCGGAGCUUUUCGAGCUCAUGCACCAGAAUGGCGAUUACACACAUUUCUACUUCUGCUACCGCUGGUUCCUCCUGGAUUUUAAGAGAGAACUAGUCUACGAUGAUGUCUUCUCCGUCUGGGAAACCAUUUGGGCUGCCAAGCACGUCUCUUCCUCCCACUAUGUUCUGUUCAUCGCCCUAGCCUUGGUGGAAAUAUACCGAGAUAUCAUCUUGGAAAACAAUAUGGAUUUCACAGAUAUCAUCAAGUUCUUUAAUGAGAUGGCAGAGAGACACAAUACCAAACAGAUCCUGAAGCUAGCCAGAGACCUCGUCUACAAGGUGCAGACUCUGAUCGAGAACAAGUAG